AUGAUGACGUCGCGCACGACCUUCGUCCUGGUCCCCGGCGCGUGGCACCCGGCGUCUGCCCUGGACCCCAUCGCGAAGCCGCUCAGCGCCGCUGGGUACACGGUGAGGGGAGUCGACCUCCCGACCUGUGGUGCGGAGCCGCCCUUGAGCGAGUUCGGGCCGGACGUCGAGGCGAUCAGCAAGACGAUCGCGGAGGAGGCCGACAGGGGCCAGGACGUGGUCGUGUUCAUGCACAGCUAUGGCGGCAUCGUGGGGACCGAGGCUUGUCGUGGCCUGGGAAAGAAGGAGAGGGAGUCCGCUGGGAAGAAGGGCGGCGUGGUCAGGCUGAUCUACUGCACUGCCUUUCUGGUGGGCGAGGGAGUGUCUUUGAUGGACAUACUCGGCAACAAACCAAUGCCGUGGUUCAUAAUCUCAGACAAUGAGACGCGUGUGAAGCCCAACACGCCUGAGGACGUCUUCUACAAUGAUCUCAGCGCCGACGAGGCGAAGAAGGUCGCCGACACCCUGUCGCACCACAGCUACGAGUGUUUUACCACGAAACUCACGUAUGCUGCGUACAAGGACAUCCCGGCUACGUAUCAGCUCUGUAAGAAAGAUAACGCGCUCCCACUCUUCGCGCAGGAGAAGAUGGUCGAGGACGCCAGGGCUCUCGGAGUGCAGAUCGAUACGGAGACGUUCGAUGCGUCGCAUUCGCCGUUUCUGAGCAUGCCGGACGAGGUUGUUGCUUCAUGUAAAAGGGCUGCUGCUGGUAGUAAGUCCAUGGUGUGA